CUCUUGUAUUAGCCAGUUAGACUUUCACUAAGUUAUUUUUUUUUUCUUUUUUUUGGCUUAAACAGAACCUCUCCAAUAGUCCAUUAUAUUGACAAUGUGCGCUGCCAAGGAUUCUAAUCGCUGUUCAAUCGUUCAUCUUGAGAACAAGGGUAAUGAAUUUUUGAAAAAUUUGUGAUGAAGUUCCUUUUAAGUAGACCUUUUUUUAUAACAAAGGUCCUUUUAUAAAAAAAAAAAGGUGGCAUAAAAGGUCUUUAUAUCAUGUUUGGGUUGUGAGGAAGGUCCUUUGACCAUAUUCCGAACAAAAAAAGCCACGUGUAUAAAACACGUGACUUAUUAAGUUUCCUUUUUUCCUUAUUUUUUCUUAUUGUGGGGAGGAUUAGCCUUAAAUUACUUUGAAUAACCUUCAAUUUUAAAUUUUAAUUUAUGGGAUUACAAUUGAAGUUUUGGUGUUAAUUGUUUUCAGAAAUUAGGGUUUAAUAGGGAAAAAAAGGGAAAAACGAGGGAAAUGAGGAGGGAAAAAAAAGGAAUUUAGAUGUGACUAUUUUUGGCCGGAAACUAAAAAAGUCAACGCCGGAAAAUGGUUAAAGGAUCCUCCUUACAACCAAAACAUGAUAUAAGGACCUUUUUGUGCCACUUUUUUUUUUUUUUUUUUUUUUUUUUUUUUUUUUUUUUUAAAGGGCAUUUGUUACAAAAAGGUCUACUUAAAAGUACCUUCCUCAUAAAUUUUCCUAAUUUUUUUGAGAUUUUUUUUUUAAUUAUUUGUUCUAUUGAUUGUGAUCUGUUUUAUUGCUAUAUAAAAAAAAAAGACUAAACAUGUCACUUUAAGUUUCAAUCUAUUUUUCUAGACACCACACACAAUCUGAAUCUAUAAAUAAUCCACUUUAAAUAAUAAAACCGGAGACGAUGACUUAUACCAAACCCUAGUAAUAGGCUAGCUACUUCAGUUGCUACUAAUUAAUUUUAUUAUAUCUACUUGUAAAAAACACUUGUACUACGUAUAUAUAGUUGUAUGCAAUAAUGCAAUAGUCAUUGUAUGACCUACAAGUGGAACACUUUAUCAUAUAUACUUUAUUCACCUAUUAUCUACCUAUUAAAAAAAAAAAAGAAGAAGAAGAACUUUAGUCAAUUAUUAACCAUACUGAUGCACAUAAGAAAAAUAAGCAUCUUUCACUACUUCACAAAGCCAAAACUAAAACAGUAAUAACAUAACCCUAAACUAGUUGUGUACAUGAGGAAGAGCAGCAGCAAUGGCAAUAAUAGCGCGGUGCCAUUGCUGGAGAUGGAAAGAGGCGGCAAGAGAAGAUGGUGGGAGAAGAUGAUGGACUACAAAGAAGGGAAGGAACAAAUAUUGUAUUCGUUGCCAUUGGUGCUAACAAAUGUGUGUUACUAUCUCAUUCCAUUGCUUUCGGUUAUGUUCGCGGGUCAUCUUGGUCAGCUUCAGCUUGCUGGUGCUACUCUUGCUAAUUCUUGGGCUUAUGUUACAGGUUUCGCUUUCAUGGGUCUUUGGGUAGGCUUGGUAUGUGGGCUCUCAGCUCAAAAUGGUUCACUUUUCCUUAUUACUCGACUUCGGAAAUGGACAACAAUCGAGCUUUCUCCUAACGUCUAAGAUUCAACUUUAGUACUUUUCUGUCCA